CGGCUGCUGAAACCCCCACUUCCGGCUUCCGGUGUCGUUGCCACGGUAUCCGGAAGAAAAACACAUAAGCCCUGCCCACGUCCAGGAGGCCGGCAAGAGGUGUGAAGGAGGCUGUUCCCCAAGAAGCCCGAGCCCGCCAGCCUCCGCCGGCCCUCAGUACUUUCCCUAGUGACGUGAGCACCCGCUGUUUUUCCCAGCGUCAAGCCCACAUUUCUCCUAGUCUCUCCGGCAGCGGCAUCCAGCCCCGGGUCGCGCGGCAGCCCCGCCCCCGCAGGGGGAGGAGUCACGACGAGGCGAUUUAAUUGGACCCGUUUGACCCCAGCGACCCGUCUGGACCAGGAGGCGGGGCCAAGCCGUAAACGGGGGUCCAGGAGGCGUGGCCAAGCCGCCGGCGGAUGUGGAGCCCUUCGCGAGGGCACAGGGCGACCCGGGUCGGAGGAGAAAGCCGAUUGCAGGGGCGGGGCCGAACCUGCAAUGGAUAAGUGAGCAAACGGCCAGAGCUGCCCCCGAUCCUGCUAGGCGUCAGUUAAAUGGACCGGCGGGUCGCAGCGUCCGGAAACGGCCAGCAACUCCAGGGCUGCGAGCGCGGCGACAGGCGGCGGCAACCGGACACAAGUAACGAAGCGGCAGAGAGCAUCAUGGCAGAGCAGGUGGACCUGAGCCGGACCCAGGUGUGCGGGAUCCUGCGGGAAGAGCUGUACCAGGGUGAUGCCUUCCAUCAGUCCGAGACACAUGUCUUCAUCAUCAUGGGGGCAUCGGGUGACCUGGCCAAGAAGAAGAUCUACCCCACCAUCUGGUGGCUGUUCCGGGACGGCCUUCUGCCCGAAAACACCUUCAUCGUGGGCUAUGCCCGCUCUCGCCUCACGGUGGCUGACAUCCGGAAGCAGAGCGAGCCCUUCUUCAAGGCCACCCCCGAGGAGAAGGCCAAGCUGGAGGAGUUCUUUGCCUGCAACUCCUACGUGUCUGGCCAGUACGAUCAGGCAGUCUCCUAUGAGCACCUCAAUGAGCACAUCAAUGCCCUCUGCCAGGGCUCACAGGCCAACCGCCUCUUCUACCUGGCCUUGCCCCCCACCGUCUAUGAGGCCGUCACCAAGAACAUCCGAGAGACCUGCAUGAGCCAGACGGGCUGGAACCGCAUCAUUGUGGAGAAGCCCUUCGGAAAGGAUCUGCAGAGCUCCGACCGCCUGUCCAACCACAUCGCCUCCCUGUUCUGCGAGGACCAGAUCUACCGCAUCGACCACUACCUGGGCAAGGAGAUGGUCCAGAACCUCAUGGUGCUGAGGUUUGCCAACCGGAUCUUCGGCCCCAUCUGGAACCGGGACAAUGUCGCCUGCGUCAUCCUCACCUUCAAGGAGCCCUUUGGUACCGAGGGCCGCGGGGGCUACUUCGAUGAAUUUGGGAUCAUCCGGGAUGUGAUGCAAAACCACCUGCUGCAGAUGCUGUGUCUGGUUGCCAUGGAGAAGCCAGCCUCCACAAACUCCGACGAUGUCCGCAAUGAGAAGGUCAAGGUGUUAAAAUGCAUCUCAGAGGCGCAGGUGAAAAACGUGGUGCUGGGCCAGUACGUAGGCAAUCCCAAGGGCGAGGGUGAGGCCGCCAAAGGGUACCUGGACGACCCCACGGUGCCCCGGGGAUCCACCACCGCCACCUUCGCAGCUGUGGUCCUCUAUGUGGAGAACGAGCGGUGGGAUGGCGUGCCCUUCAUCCUGCGCUGCGGCAAAGCCCUGAACGAGCGCAAGGCCGAGGUGCGCCUGCAGUUCCGCGACGUGGCCGGCGACAUCUUCCAGCAGCAGUGCAAGCGCAACGAGCUGGUGAUCCGCGUGCAGCCCAACGAGGCAGUGUACACCAAGAUGAUGACCAAGAAGCCCGGCAUGUUCUUCAACCCCGAGGAGUCCGAGCUGGACCUCACCUACGGCAACAGAUACAAGAACGUGAAGCUCCCCGAUGCUUACGAGCGCCUCAUCCUGGACGUGUUCUGUGGGAGCCAGAUGCACUUUGUGCGCAGUGACGAGCUGCGGGAGGCCUGGCGGAUCUUCACGCCGCUGCUGCACCAGAUCGAGCGCGAGAAGCCACAGCCCAUCCCCUACGUGUACGGCAGCCGAGGUCCAGCGGAAGCAGAUGAGCUGAUGAAGAGAGUGGGCUUCCAGUAUGAGGGCACUUACAAGUGGGUGAACCCCCACAAGCUCUGAGCCCUGGGCCCCUCCCCACCUCCCGUUGGGAGGACUUCGGGACCAUAGGCGUCAGCCUCACAUUCCCGGCCUCGGGCCCAGCUACAUUCCUGAACCUCCGACACCCGCGCUGUGACUGCCCCUGGCCACCACGGGCCCCGCCUGAGCCAGCUGCCCAGCAGUCCCCCGUGUCUUGGGCCCCCUGAACUGUCCCUGCGCCCUGCCAGGCCAACUCUGCACUCCACGGCCCACCCUCCAUAGGGGCCCCUCUCGCUACUAGAAAAGCAGAAGCAGCAGGUGGGACGCCCCGCCUCCGCCCAUGCCAUUAAAUCCACAAGCACACCU